CUUGUGUUGCCCAUGUUGCCAGGAUACUUCAUUGACGUUGUACUUUACCAGUUGCUCUUCUUCCAUGAUGUUGCAUGUGUUACACUCAAAGAACAAAAGUAUCCAGGAGUAAGUAUACUAUCUCAUUCAUCGUUUAAUUGUACCAUGUUCCAUAUGAAUACAUGACCUUGUUCUUCUUAGAAGCUUAGCGACGGUAUAUAUUGAAUCUAGUCGAUACUUAAGCUCAGUCUGUGGGGAAUGUUAGUGGAGCAACAGUUAUCCUCUCCAUACCACUGGCAGACGGUUGUGUCUCUUAUAAUUCCUGAUAUCCAGCGCCAUCUAAUUUCUGACCAGCCCGCCAACAUUUCUACUAUGGAACAACCAACGAACACCAUGCAUGCUGGAAGUCAGUGCUUCAAUGUGAGUGGGCUCGCACAAUCGCUCAAUAGCCAUGACAAGGAAAUCAAUCGCCAAGUGAUGAUUGCCACAAUCAAAGCCGAAAUGUAUAGCUACCUGCAAAAGUAUCGGUCUGGAAUGAUCGAUUUGGCGACCAAUGCUAUAACCACAGAGCCUUGGAAGCCAAAUGUGCUGGUUUCGGAGAGAACAAUAAAAGCCAUAACACAGCUCAACAUUCCUCGAGCUUGUGCUCCCUAUAGUCAUCUUCCCGACAUGCUAUCACAUCGGUUAGGUCGAUUUCAGGACGACGCCAAGCUGAAGCAGCGGAUGCACGAGUUAUUUGGUUCAGAGACUCAUAAAAUCUUUGUGAACACGUCCGGUGCUGGUAAAACCAGACUCGUGCUAGAGCAUUUGUGCUCCAACUGGGGCUUAUAUCUCACCUGCCAGGAUGAUUCACGUAUCGGUUCGAAAGACCUGUCUAUCGCCAUCUCCAACAUCAAAGCCAGCCGCUUAUUUAAGAAAAGUCUUCCCCCUUCUAUCCAACUCCUUGUCAGUACCCAAGAUAGACCAGAACAUGCUAAACAAUCAGCCGGCCGCGCCUUGCGAGACAGGAUGGAGGAUUUCGAAUCCACGCCUGAAGGUCACACAUUUGGCAGGGCUCUUGAAACAAACAAUGGACUCGUUGCAUGCGAGCUGUUCGCCACGUUACUGGCUCGUUUACAUAUUUUGCAUCAAUUUCUGGCAACCUUAGUUGAAAUUGGAGAAGAUAUUACCCAACCGAUGCACAUACAAAACUGGUUGCGAAUUCAACUUCACCCUGACCUCUUGUUGCCUCAGAAUGAAUCAGGGGAUAUGUUCGCUCAGUUCAGAAAUCAUAUCGCUAAGAUGCUUGGUCACUUCCAAGAAUUAAAGGACUCCGAGGAGAUUCUGUCGGAGUUGUUACAAGAUAUUCUGGCAGAGAUCCGGUCAAUACUUCAUUUCAAUCUGAUAAUUGUGUUGGAUGAGUGUCAGUUUGCCGCACGCGAACUGAGGAAUUCUUUUCGCUCAGAUGAUUGGAUCACAAAACGACCACUUCUUCGCCAGAUAGCGAAAUGCUUGAAUGACAUAUUUCUCGAGUCAGGCGUUCACGGUUCUCGGGCCACCUUCAUUUUCACAGGAACGGGUCUAUCCAAAGUUGACAUCACCGAUGCGCUUUCGUCGAUCGUUGCAAAAGCGCCACCUUGUGAUGACGUGAAUGAUACUGGAGCAUUCGACGACAUCGACACACUGCGAAACUACAUUGAAGGGUAUCUUCCUCAACAUGUGUUGCAGAGCGACCAGUUUCCACGGCUUUUGGAAAGGAUCUUCCGCUGGCUUCGAGGAAGGCACAGAUUCACCGCAGAAUAUAUAUCUGUUGUGUUGCAGAAUGGAUACAAACAUCUGGACAAGCUUCUCAACGCCUACAUCUAUAACUUGACUGGCUUCGAACCCACAGAUUAUAGCGGGGAAGAGGUCAUUUCAAGAUUGAUCACCUUUCCAACUCGGGCAUUCAUUUUCGAAACGGUUAGUGAUACGAUGAAAGAAAGGAUUAAAUCAUUAUGCUACGACUACCUCUUGAGAUCAAGACUAGAAGGCUGGCUAGGUGACGACGAGGACGAUUACAUAGCAUACGGUUUUGCAAGAGUCAAAUUUUCUGGAGAACUAAAACGCAUCAGAAUUGACGAGCCCCUUGUUUUGAUUGCCUGUGCGAUGUGGUUGAACGGUAGUCCUGGGGUGAUGGGCGCGCACUCCCUAUACAAAUAUGUGGCCAAUCGCAUUCAGGAUCACAAUCCCUCUACCGGUCGAAAUGGUUUCGAAGAAUUUAUUUGCUUUUAUCUUCAGCGGGUCUUUCAGACACCUCGAAGAUUGGGCCAAGUUUUUGAUUUCCUGGAUAAAAAGAGUGCGCUGGCACAGAAGCGAGCGACUUUGGUUACUCUUCACAUUGAUAAAGUCGGAACAAAGCGUAAACUCGUGGAAGGAACAACUGACAUUCAAAACAUCGGCGAAGCCAAACUUCCAGGAGCGCUCGGCUUAGGAAUUGAGUCACUAGACGAAAGUGUCUCUUUGACCGACUGGGUGAAGUUGAAGAGCCAUACAGCAUUCUGUUUUCCAAUGAAUGAAAUGGGACCCGACAUUAUGUGCUUCCUCAAGCUACAGGGCGACAAGGAAAAUCCAGAAGACUUCACUUAUAUAUGUCUCGCAGUUCAGUGCAAGUUUUAUCAAGUAGAUGGCGAACUUGAACCUUCUACGCUCAAGGACGCAAUUGCUACAGUCACUCCAAGAAAGUUCUUUGCACCACGACACGUCAAAGAUGAAAAGAAAGCAGAAGGGCGGGAAGAAAAACGAAGAGGAUUACGCAGGUGUAUCUUGCGCGCCUUGAAAAGGUUACCACACAGGGACCCACUGGCUGGCAAAUAUGGCGUGAUACGUAUCAUUUGUGGCUUCCCUGUGAAGGUCAAUCUCGAGACGGCAUUCUACAAGCACAAAAAACAGGGUAAGACACCAAAGUACACACAGGAUCCUGAUGAAGAAGAUCAUCACCCUUUGGGUCAGUUGAAUGCAGACCUCUUGAGUACAGAGACUGCGCAUCUACACCCUACGAACCUUCUUAAGGUAAUAAAGGGGCGAGCGCGAAAAGAGAAGAAAAAGGGGAAAAGCUUUUGGGACACCUUUGACCCGGCUAUUUUGUGGUCAGACUCCGAAGAUUCGGAAGAUGAGUUGCCAACGAAGACUGGACGACGGAAAACUGGACGACGAAAAACUGCAGACCCGGCGGAGCCCAUCGAGUUUGGCAGUCAAGCGCGCAUGGUCAUUGAGAUGUUGGACUCAGACUAUUCACGAAGUCGGGGCUUGGACUUGCCUUCAAGACCAAAGCGUAAGCGCGAAGAGAUGGAUCUGGAUGAGCUCGAUAUUGAGAGAAAUGAGGACGAGGGAUAUGAGGAAGAUUAUAUGGAGAUCGAGGAGGAUAGCAAUGAUUACGAGGAUGAUUACGAGGAUGACGACGAUAAUGAUUACAAUAGUGACUGAGGAAAAUUUCGGAGUUUCUUCACUAGCUUCGCUUGCUGUACGGGAGUAUAACAGUAGUAUAACGCGUUAUAGAAUUGCAGGGACAGG